AUGUUAACUCGAUAUAUUUCCUCAGCUGUAUUUAAUCCUCGAUUACUGACAACGACGUCAUCUCGUCUAUUCAGUACAAGUGCGUCCAGACUCGGCGAUGGUGAUCAUACAAAGUCGAAAGCUAAGGACAAAGCAUCCGAUGAUUUGAAAUCUGGUAGAGAAAAACGAUGGUUAGAUACAGUUGCUUCCGAUAGUGAGGCGGCUGUUAAAGGUGAUAAACAACAUGCUACCAAACAAGGCGAUUUUAAAAAGGAUAUGACUGACCUUCAACGUGAUACUAUCGAAGCCGUCAAUGAAAAACAGAUGAAAGGUCAUUUGCCGAAACAUGAUGUUGGCCGACGAGAUACACGUGAAGAGCGUGUCGGUAGUGGAAGUAGUGAUAAGAAAAAACACUAA